AGAGAGAGAGCAGACUCACAGUCAUGGUACUAAGAGGUUGCUACGGACUCAGGACACACCCAGAUUCCCAUAGCUGUCGUCCUAUUGGAGGAGCCUCAGAAUCCCAGUAGCAGCUCUCGAUGACUCCUCCUAUUUUUGCUUCCACAAAGGACUCAUCAGUGAAUGAACUGAAUCAAGCACUAGCUGUUGAGAUAGUAAGAGCCUUUCACCCUCUCUUUCUCGCUCUCUCUCCAUCUGUCUCUCUUUCUGCCUCUCUCUCUAUGUAUGACGGGUUGAAUCUUUCAGGGCACAGAAGGGGAGUUUAGUGCGUGAAGCCACAGCAACAGAUCAUGCUCUCUCGACAAGACAUGCUCCAAAACAGAACAGCACCAUCACCUGACAAGUGAUUGUUUUCCACUCUGUCAUCUCUCCUUGUUCCAGACAUUUCAGCCUUGUGUGGCCAGUUUUCCCUCCUGAUCUGAGACCUGUGGACUAACACAAGAGGAGGAGAAAGAGGACGGAGGGAAACGCAAGCAUCUGACAACAAACACACCUGCCCAAACAGAGUAGUAGAAGUCGGACGCUCUGGGUAACUUUGCCCUACCCACGCCAAAAGGGGGAAUACACAGCACUGGAGACAACGCCAUUGGAAACAAGGAGUAAUAAAAAAGGGGGAUUUUUUUUUUUUUUAAUUCUUAAUUUUUGUUUUUGCAGUAUUGUUGUCGUUUUUGUUUGUUUCUGUUUGUUUUUGUUGUUUUGAAUCAUUUUUCCGUGGUGUGGUGUCGUGAAAGUCUGUCAAGACGCCGCGUGCCGUGCUCCGCGUGAAGAAUGCCCAGGCGAGGUUGGCCAAGCCGGCCGAGCCGGCGCCCACUCCAGGGCUCUACAUGGAGAGGUCCCAGAGCCGCAUCAGCCUGUCUGCCUCCUUCGAGGCCCUGGCCAUCUACUUCCCCUGCAUGAACUCUUUCGAUGAGGACGAUGCGGACGCGGAGGGUCGCAGGCUAAAGGGCAUUCAGCGAAGCACAGAGACGGGGCUGGCCGUGGAGAUGCCCAGCCGCACUGUGCGCCAGGCCAGCCACGAGUCCAUUGAGGACAGCAUGAACAGCUACGGCUCAGAGGGAAAUCUUAAUUACUCUGGCAUGUGCCUGGCCUCUGAUAACCAGUUCAGUGACUUCUUGGACGGCAUGGGUCCAGCCCAGUUUGUAGGCCGACAGACUCUGGCAACAACCUCAAUGGGUGAUGUUGAGAUCGGCUUGGCAGAGAGGAAUGGACAGCUUGAGGUAGAGGUAAUUCAGGCAAGAGGGCUCACGAUGAAGCCAGGAUCCAAAGGGCCUCCAGCGGCCUAUAUAAAAGUUUACCUACUUGAAAACGGUGUCUGUGUAGCCAAAAAGAAGACCAAGAGAGUGAGGAAGUCCCUGGAUCCUCUCUACAAUCAGGUCCUGGUCUUCACAGAGAGUCCCCAGGGAAAGGUUGUGCAGGUUAUCGUCUGGGGCAACUACGGCCGAAUGGACCGCAAAUGUUUCAUGGGUGUGGCUCGCAUCCUCUUGGAGGAGUUGGAUUUGACCACGAUGGUGAUUGGCUGGUACAAGCUGUUCCCCACCUCCUCCAUGGUGGACCCCAUGAUGGCGCCACUGAUGCGCCACUCGUCCCAGCUGUCGCUGGAAAGCACAGUCGGACCUUGCUGUGACCGAUCCUAAGAGUGACGGUGCACGACGACUCUGGAUCUUUCGCUGCGCUCCCCACCCCUCUUUUUUGCGGGCCCUUGGGGUGCCUCACCUUCAGAGUGUGCAUCACUGCAAUGCAGGACUCUGGGUGUGCCUAGGCACAAACCUACAGUACAACAAAAGCCACCUUGCAUUGUCUGGAGGGAGAUAAGGUGGAGGGAAAAAUGAAAGUAAAUCACAAUGAAGGUGACUUGGGACAACUGUAGGACUUGAGCACACUAAUGUUCUUCAUCUGGGCUUGUCGUGUGCUUUUCUUUUUUUCGUUGUUUCAGAGGCAAGGCCUCAGAGUUGAAUCUUCAUCUGUUUUUGCUCAUGUUAAGUGCACAGAAAACAGAAAGAUGAUGAAAAGGAGUCCUGAACAUAAAGCCUGUGGUGUCUAAGGAGACAUCUUAUUCGUAUGGGACAAGCAUGUGCCAUAUAAAAGUUGAAUUGGGCUCCAAGAAUUUGUGAGCAGCCAACCAACACAGCUAAAUACCCAGUUUUUAUAAAAAGCAGGCUCUCUUCUCGUUUCCUGCACAACAGUAGGCUACAUGAAAUGAUCUGGAAAAAUUCAAAGUGAUGACAGUCUUUGGUUGACAUGAGGAUACAAGGUUGGUUCUGAGUUGAAAUGUAGUUUGCUUUUUCUUGCUCUAUUCCUUGCUCUUUUCCUCAUUUUACUGUGCCAAAUAUCCAGCAAGUGUCUUUGCUUUGUAUCAUGUGCCACUUAUGAAGGUUAACUAGGGAUCUGAAACUUCAGCUAUCUUCAGAGAAUGUGUUAUCGUUCAUCGCAGAUGUUUAGACUGGUGUAAUACAUAAAACAUGAUUUGUUUGAGGAAUGUCUCAAAAUAAUAUUAGGUAUACAUAGAAAUCUAUAUAUAUAUACAGUAUAUACAGUAAAUAUAUAUUUGACACACUAAUGUAUACCUUGAGGAUGAUGUAGAAUAUUGAUUGAUUAUCGAAUGAGUUGGUUAGAUUUGGGCACUUUAUGACAAAUGUUUUUUUUUUUUAUUAUUAUAACAAUUAACCAGGUUUUGAGUGAGCCAAAGUGCUGUUAUUAUUUGGAUUAUUUCUCCUACAUGGGAAAUGCAGCACUUUUAGUAGCAUUGCAAGCUAGCAUUAGGUUGUAGCAUUAGCAUGGUAAAUAUGUUUAGCUUGAAGCUAAUUAAAAAUUCGCACGACAGGAAACAGAUUGAAGUAUGGUAGAUUUUAUGGCUUUUUCUCAAAGGUUGUGGAGAAAAUAUGUAGCAGAAAAAAAGUAUCUCAGUUUUUCACUGCAAUACUGAUGUAGUAUUUGUCAAACUGGAGUCAUGUUUGUAGGUAUGAAUGUGUCUUGUUCCGAAACACUGAGUCAAAGAGCAGUAUUUGCCAUGUCCUUUUGCAUUUUCGUGGAAACCAAGAGCCAUGUAUUGCAGAUGAACAUCUGCUCCCUAAGGCUUGACAAAACAUAUUGAGUGUCAUUUUGUAAGUCCAUUGAAAAUGUAUUUGUACAGAAAUCAUGAAACAGAGAGAUCCUUUUUUCUUUUGAGACACAGGACAGCUUCAGUAUUGUGUGCACCAAGAACAAAGGGACCUUGGUGAAGUGACAUCAUACUGUAUUAACAUUUUCUUUUGAGUACAACUGUUAUGUAAGGGAAGAAAAAGCAAUAUGAUGCAGUGAUGUUAACAGCCAUUAAGAUGUGUCACAUCCCGUUUCUUCAAAGAGGAUAUGACAAACCUAUGAUUAUAAUGCUGUGAAGUCAUGUUUGUCUUUGGGGUAACAAAGUGCUUACCGUUUACCUGGUACAAAAGCAAAACAAGCACCAGGAAGCUGAAUCCACUUAAGCUUAGCUUAAGUCUGUCUGUAUAAGGACUUGUGCAGUAAUUUCCCCGCCUCAUCAGCACUGUCCGGUUAGUCCUUUCUAAGGCAGUAUGUACCCUUUUUGUGAAGUGUGCUAGGUACAGGACUCGUCUAUGAAGGGUUCAAAUGCCAUAAGAUUAAAGAAAAGCCAAAAUAGCAGCUAGCAUUCUCUGUCAUUAGCAAGCAACACCAGCUUUAUAGUGUAUGUACACAAUAAUGUUAAUAUUUCUCACUUGAAUAGACUCACAAGGUGUUUUUAGAUGCACUAUAUUGUAUCUUGAGAGAGAUUUCAGUUUUCAUGACUUCAAACACAUCAGAGGUAAAUGGUUAAAUUGGUUGAUCGUUCAUACCAUUUUGAAAGUACUUAAUAAAAAUGAAACUAAUGUUGAAAUAGAGAUAGGGCUAGGAUUAUAAGAGGCAUUUGUUUAUUACACAGUGAGUUGAAAUGAUGAAUCUUUGGCUUUGAAUCUUUGUGAUAGCAAGGUCAAUUUGCGAUGGCAGUGAAAAUAUCAUCGAUCAUGUCCUAAGGUGCAGUCAUUGCUAGGCACUGUAAGAACAGACUCACAUGAAUGUUAAUGAAUUAAGAUAAUUCAAGGGAAGGCACCAAACUAGCUCUGUAUUGUAUUAUUUGUUUAUACUUUUGAAUGACAAAUGUUUGUAAAGCACUUGCCAGUUUGGGUACAACAAAUAUCUCUAAUUUGUAUCUGAUCAGAAGUAGCCAACACUGGCAUAUUCUGCACUGUUUAUACACCCAUACACAAUCGUCUGUAGCUCUGAAUCAAGCAAGACAAUUAAAUUGCCAUAUAGCAAACAAUUUCAUAUUGUCUAAAUCAGUUUUGAAGCAGAAAAAAAAAUCUCAAUCAGUGCCAGUGGGAUACAGCAUUGAUCAAUGUGUUGACCCACUGACAACAUUACUAUGUUUAUGACAUGACUUUUAAGUAUGGCAUCUAGGAAUACAAGAUGUGGAGUAUCUUAAGAUCUCUCAGAUGUCGCACUGGCAUUUUUUCUAUAACCAGUACAAUAUCUUGAAAGAAAUUCUACCAAUAAUGUAUUUAAAGACCCAGAACAAUUCAUGGUGUGGUGACUUAAUUACAACAAGCCAUUUCACAAUUAGAAGCCUUAACAUUUAGAAUACUACCCGGUAUUUAAGACCUUAAGAUUUUCAGGAUUGUAAUACAAUGGAACAGCAGAACAAAAAAAAACCUAUUGUUGUUUAUCAUGUUAAAAUUACAUGCAUUCUGCUCCUCGCUCUCGCUCUUUUUCACGGUGUUGAUGUACACUGUCAGAUUUAAUGUGUUGUCCUAAGAGUACAUCUUUAAAGGUGGAAGACACUGUUUUCUGUUUGUUUAAAAAGGUGGAAGACACUGUUUUCUGUUUGUUGUCAAUAGCCACUGAACAUAUCAUUAGCCUCAAACUGAGGUAUGCGAUAUUGAAAUCCAAAACAUGAUUUUGAAUUGGAAGCUGUGAUUUCUUUUUUAGAGGAUGCACUACUACACCGUUUUGGGGUCAUUAUUAUAUUGUAGAUGUACAUUGAGUAUUUGAAUCAUGAAUAUAUAUUACCAAAACAAUGUCAUUGUUCAGUAAUGCACAAUUUCCAUGUAUUGUUUCUUUGGUUCUAAAGAGUCAAUAAAUAGUUUACUGCUAA